CGCUUUGCAGAAAAAAUAAAUAUUUUAUUUACGCGGAAUCGAAAAGAUCAAGUUGUGUUUCUAUCUCUUGAUCCCGGUUUGCUCAAGAAAAUGACGUCCAAUUGCCUGUUUGUCGUAUUUUGGACGUCGCUUUGCAUCAUGGCCAUCGAAGGAGACUCGAUUUCCCGAGUUUCGGUGUCGCAUGGCGGCGAAGAAGGCUUUUCUUACGGCUACACCAACGAAGGCGACAUCGUCAGUCAAUCGUUGAACAAUGCCCAUCACCCUUUUCCGGGUCAAGAAGUCACCCGACAAACCAGGGCCCAUCGUCCACGUGACCUGUUCAUCAGCGAGGAGUCUGGUCCAUUCCAGAACCCUUUCCCAUCGGUGACCAUCAUCGCCAAAACCAAUAAUUUAAGAUUGGCGAGUCGAUUCUUCGUGACCCUGGAAAUGACAUGA